GGUGCAAGGAAUCAGUGUGUAGCGCAGACUGGCCUGGUUAAUUGAUUAGCCGUUUGGAAUUUCGCGACUGUGGGGUCUUUACGUAACAUGCAAUACAACUGUUUUAAUUGGAGCAAUGACCCAAAUCGUCGGCGAAUAAACACAUUAGGAACAGAAACUAAGCAACAGAAACAUUUGUUUCACAUUUUACAGAAAACAAUCCUGUUCGGAACUCAAGCAAUGGAGAGGUGGAAGAGUCAUGUUCGUGCGGAGCUUUUCCAGAGAGACUGUCAGCAAAAAGAACCCUUCAGUGGCCUCAUUAAGUCAUAUUCCCGGUUGUUGGAGAAAUGCGAAUUACACGAGUGCUUUUGGGACGAAAAGCAGGGAUCCAGGUUUGUGGAAUCUCCUGAAACGCUGCAGCUGCAGCUUCUGUUAAAGGAGGGAGAACAGGUUAGAGAGAAGCUCGCCCAGAGGGUCACGGACCUGAUGAGCUCCCUGUAUCUGAAAGAGGCAGAGCUGCAGUACUGUCACUCACAGGUGUCCCGCUACCACAAGGAGGCGCUGUCCCUGGCCAGGAGCGCUGGUGCUCUGCAGAGCAGCCUAUUGGACUGCGAGUUCGCCCUGGAGAGCCAAUCGAAGGAGCUGGCGGCUCUCCAGGCGGAGCAGGGCACGAGGGGGGCGGAGCUUACAGCGGCACGGAGAGAGGUGGAGCACCUGCUGGAGCGCUGGAUGGAGGAGAAGAGAGAAGAGGCGGAGCGAGUGAACGAGCACAACAGCACGCAGGAGCGAUGGCACCGGUUCACCAGCCAGCUGGCUAAGCACUGCCGGAGAGGUGGGCAGCAGCAAAGAGGUGAACCUGAGCAGCUCACCUGGACACCACCUGAUACACCUGCAACCUGUGAGGAGACAACUGAGCCACUCUGAUACAGCCACCCACACACGUGCACCUAAUACACACACAUGCAUCAACACCUAACGCACACACAUACACCAAGACCUAACACACAAACUAUCAAGCCAAAUAGCUGUAGCCAGUAAGGUCUCUGUCCCUGGUUUACACAUGUAACCCCCCUCCAUUUCCUGACCAAAUGCUAACAAACACCAUAGUAUACUCUGAAUGUAACAGACACAUAAAUAGAACAGAAGUGCUCUGCCUUAAAUGAACACCCUCUAAAUGCACAAAUGACACAGAAAUUCAAAAUAAACAUUUUUUAAAAAAGAAGUUUUAUUUUUUUCCUGAAAUGCUGUACAAAAUAAAGAAGCAACAUGAAUCGUC